AUGGCCACGGCGCUGCUGGCGGGCGAGAAACUCAAGGAGCUGAUCCUGCCCGGAGCGCAGGACGACAAGGCGGGCUCGCUGGCGGCGCUGCUGCUGCAGCUCAAACUCGAGCUGCCCUUCGACCGCGUCGUCACCAUCGGCACCGUCCUCAUCCCCAUCGUCCUCGUCACGCUGGUUUUCACCAAGAACUUUGCCGGUAAGGUGGGCCUUCAGGGCAGCAGCCUGGAAAGCAUGGAAUGGGAGAAUUGGGAGGGGAGCCUGAGGCUCAAUCCAGUCCAACCGAUUUGCAAUACAGCAGGGGUGGCCAACUCCCAAGAGACUGCUAUCUACUCACAGAGCUAAAAACUGGCAAUGAUCUACCCCCUUUUGGGGGGCUCGGGUCAAAGUUGUUGAGUUUUUUUCAGGGAGGAGGUAAAAUGUUGAAGAAGAAGAGUUUGGAUUUGAUAUCCCGCUUUAUGACUACCCUAGGGAGUCUCAAAGCGGCUAACAUUCUCCUUUCCCUUCCUCCCCCACAACAAACACUCUGUGAGGUGAGUGGGACUGAGAGACUUCAGAGAAGUGUGGCUACCCCAAGGUCACCCAGCAGCUGCAUGUGGAGGAGCGGGGAAGCGAACCCGGUUCCCCAGAUUACGAGUCUACCGCUCUUAACCACUACACCACACUGGCUCUCUUGACCUGUUGAGCUUUCUUUAGGGGAGCCACAGUUGUUCAGCUUCUUUGGGAGGAGCCAGUGAUCUACCGCAGACGUCCAGUGAUCUAUCGGUAGAUCACGAUCUACCUGUUGGACAUGCCUGCAAUACAGGGAUCUCAAGGCAUCCAGUUUGAAAUCAUGCCUAAGCUUUGCAAAUGUGCUGGCAGUUUUGUUGCUGCGCUGCUAGGAGGAACCGGACGUCCAGCCGGUGAAGCCCUUCCUCACUCCGAUUGCUGCACCUCGGAAAUGGGGGACAGCUUCACCUGUUGAAAGUCCGCCUGUCUGGCAGCUGUAGAAGAAGCUUUGCCGAGGAGGGGAGAGGUGGGGAGGUAGCAGUGGUUGGGACACACACACACACACACGCACACAAUUCCCUUCCAUUCUCAAGUAGUUAGACGAAUGAGGGAGGCGCAGGGCUGUAGCUAGGGGGAGCGCUAGUCGGGUUAUUGCCCCGAUGAAGCCUCCAGAGGGGUGCCAUUGAGGCUCCCAGCCUGUGGGUCGUGGUGUAUGCAAAUGUUAAUGGGGUGCCAAACUGGGUUUUUGACGUGUGUGAAAUAAAGCCUACUUUUGCCCCUGGGGAGUCAUCCUCCUGGCAAAUAAUCAUUAUAGUUCAGUCGGUAGGGCACGAAACUCUUAAUCUCAGGGUUGUGGGUUUGAGCCUCACUUUGGGCGAAAGAUUCUUGCAUUGCAGAGUGUUGAACUAGAUGACCCUCACGGUCCCUUCCAGUUAUAUUUAUUUAUUUAUUGAGUUUAUACAGUGGAACCUCGGCUUGCGAAUGUGAUCCGUGUGGGAGGCACAUUCGCACUGUGUCUGUGCACGCGCGGGUCGCGAUUCUGGACUUCUGCACAUGCACAAAGCAUGAUUUAGCGCUUCUGUGCGUGAGCGAGUGCCGAAACCCGGAAGUACAGUGGUACCUCGGGUUAAGUACUUAAUUCGUUCCGGAGGUCUGUUCUUAACCUGAAAUUGUUCUUAACCUGAAGCACCACUUUAGCUAAUGGGGCCUCCGCUGCUGCCGCGCGAUUUCUGUUCUCAUCCUGAAGCAAAGUUCUUAACCCGAGGUACUAUUUCUGGGUUAGCGGAGUCUGUAACCUGAAGCGUAUGUAACCUGAAGCAUAUGUAACCUGAGGAACCACUGUAACCCAUUCAGGUACUUCCGGGUUUGGCGCGGUGCGCAACCCGAAACCGCGUAACCUGAAGCGUCUGUAACCCGAGGUACCACUGUAUCCCUGGAGGUCUCAGGGCGGUUCACAGAAAAGAUCACAACAUAUAUAAUCAGUAAUCAAAAUAAAAACAACAACCCAAUCAUACUCCCCCAGAAAAGAGCCACAUUUUAAAAGGGUACAGGAUGUCAAACAGAUCAACCAAAGACCUGGUUAAAAAGGAACAUUUUUGCCUGGCGCCUAAAGGUGUAUAAUGAAGGCACCAGGCAAACAGUUCUAUGAUUCUAUGAAAACAGGCAUUUAUUAGGAUUCUGAUAAAAGCAAUCCUGCAUGACAGGGAAGGGGUGCCACGUGGUGGAAACCUCCCAGAGAGGAGAAACUGGGCAGUGUGCAAUGGGAAAGGCCAAGGGCUUAGUAGUGGGGCUAGACUUGAUGCACUGUGGAGGCUCAGCUUCGAUUCAGAAAAACACACAGGCCUGAUUGAAUCUCAUCUCUGCCAUGAACUCUGGGCGCCCUUAGACCAGGAGUGGGGAACCUCUGGCCCUCCAGAUGUUGCCAGACUUGAAUCCUCCCACCUUUGGGGAGCUGGAGACCAUCAACAUCUGGAGGACCUCGGUUUCGGCAUCCCUGUCUUAGAUGAACCACGCCAUACACUUAAACCACAUUUUCUCCACUCUCCCAAAGUAUAGGUAGAUGUCUUCUAAAGUUUUGGCGUGUUGUGCAACAACAGUCUUGAUCCUGUGUAAUCGCACCGCUCUACUUUACCGGGUUCUUGUUGCAAGGAUUACAACAAAAUAUAGUAUUUUGGCACAAGGCAUUAUUUGAAGACAUUCAGAUACUGUAUAAGUUAUUGCUUAUUUAUUAUAUCUGCAAGCGUCUGCUUAGCACCAGGAUGUGAUUGGGGUUGGUAGGGGAGGAGUGGCCAGAAACACUGUGGAAGGUGGAAUGGUAAACUGGAACAGUUUGAGAGGGAGAUGUACUAUCCAACUUGGUCCUCCGUGAAAAAGCAGUUGAAAGUGGAGUCUGUGGCCUCACUGGAACCACCAACCAGAGGGUUUUGGAGUGGGGGUCAUAAUGAACAGAAAGCGGCUAGAAUUUUGCUCUCCAGAACCACAAUUACAAACAUGCUCAAAAUUUUAUUUCGGGAUCUCUUCCCCUCAAAAAACAACAGGGCGCACAAUGUCCAGAUGCUCCCAGAGACUUUGCCUCUUCCAUUCUUGAAGCGCAUGGUUGUAUUUUUGCUGCAGCUGCCGAGGGUGUGCAACAAGGCGAGUGACUCCCAUUCUCCCCAGAGAUGCUGCGCUACCUUUGCAAAUAAGCUGCCCUUGCUUUUUGUUCUUCACGGAGCACUGCUUGCCAUCCCUCCUGUUCCUAGGUGUGUCGUUUGCCCUCCUAAAAGUGUGACAUCAUACCGGGUUCAUAAGGAAAGGGUUAGCUAAUUGUAAAAUGACUAACCAAUGGGAACCCAAGGGGCAGAGUUAACUGUGUAUAAGGUUUAAGCACAGAGAGGUUUUUUGGAGGUGUUAGAGUUAGGGUGGUUGAGAAGACAGUCUGGAGUUGGAAGAGACAGAGAAGAUAAGUCUGUGAGUUGGGCUGGGCUGGUGUGAGAGAAUUUGUUAAGAGGAGUCAGUCAAACAGUUGAGAUAAUCAGUCAGAAGGUAUUAGGAAGGUAUAGGCCGGUAAAGAAACUAAAGUUAAGAUACUGACAGGAAUACUAUCUGAGAAACCAUAAACUUGUUAAUGUUUGUAAAAUAAACUUGGUGGUUUUUUUGGUUCACUUUUAACAACUGUCUGGACUCAGUGUUUUACCAGAGAGUAACGGGUUGGUGGCAGCGAGAAAGCGAGCACAGUGGUGGCACAGGGAUCAAUAGACCGUUAAACGUCCGGGGACCAUGUGUGAUCGGCACACUAGGUAUCUCGGUUUUGCCUUCUGGGUUCCUAGCGCCGCCUUGCUCCCUUGACACCUACUUUUCUUAGCCGAGGGCGCUUUGGUACAGAGGAGCAUUCGGUCACACAGAGUCCAGCCCAGACACAGAUUGAUUGAUUUACUUGUUGAAUUUAUAUACUGCCCUAUACCUGGAGGUUUCAGGGCGGUUCACAGAAAAGAUCACAAUAUAUAAAAUUAAAAUUAAAACAAUAACCCAAUAACACCCCCCCCCCCCAAAAAAGCCACAUUUUUUAAAAGUACAGGAUGUCAAUCAGGUCAACCAAAGGCCUGGUUAAAAAGGAACUUUUUUGCCUGGUGCCUAAAGGUAUAUAAUGAAGGAGCCAGGUGAACUUCACUGGGGAGAACAUUCUAUGGACAGGGAGCCACUGCAGAGAAGGCCCUGUUCUCGUGUUGCCACCCUCCAGACCUCUCGAGGAGGGGCCACACGAAGGAGGGCCUCAGAAGAUGAUCUCAGGGUCCAAGCAGGUUCAUAUGGAAAGAGGUGGUCCUUGAGGUCUUGCAGUCCUGAGCCGUUUAAGGCUUUAUAGGUCAGAACCAGCACUUUGAAUUGGGCCCGGAAACGAAUUGGUAGCCAGUGCAGUCAGACCAGGAUCAGUGUAAUAUGCUCAAACCAUCUUGCUCCGGUGAGCAACCUGGCCACUGAACUCUGCACUUGCUGAAGUUUCUGAACUGUCUUCAGAGGCAGCCCUACAUAUAACGUAUAAUAAUAAUAAUAAUAAUAGUUAUACAUUUCACUGCAAGGAAAGCCUCAUAAUUAGCUGACUUUGUGAUUGCCCAUAUUUCCCAAUUUUCUAAAUUCACUGAGUUGCCCUUCACAUAAAUUCCUGUGGGUGCUAUCCAGUGCUAGUCAUACUUAGAGAAGACUCCUUCAAAUAUAUGGUCAUGACUAACUUAGGACUGUCAUUUUCAUUGGGUCUACUCUUGAGUGGAACUUAUCUGAAGACAACUCAGGCUAUUUAUUACAGAUAGAUUUGAAGAGCUAAGGAGAGUUGACAGCAGCUGAAGUUUCUUAACCGUCUUCAGAGGCAGCCCUGCGUAUGUCGCAUGACACUAAUCUAACCUUGAGGUUACCAGAGCAUAGUCAACAGUAGUUAAGGCUAUCCCUGUUCAGAUAGGGGCGUAGCUGGGCUGCCAGUUGAAGCUGAUGGAAGGCACUCCGGGCCACUGAGGCCACCUGAGCCUUGAGCAGCAGCAAAGGAUCCAGGAGGACCCCCAAGCUACAAAUCGGCUCCUUUAGGGGAAGUCAAGAGCAGGCAACCUCCCACCCAUCCGGUCUAGGGAACCACCCACUAACAGUACCUCAGUGUUAUCUGGAUUGAACUCCAGUUUGCUGGCUCUCAUCCAGCCCAUUAUCGAGGCAAGACACUGGUCCAGCACUUCCACUGCUUCACCUACAGAUGCAAAGGAGAAGCAGAGCUGUGUGUCAUCAGCAUACUGCUGACAACGUACUCCGAACCUCCACAUUUCCUAGCUCCGUGAAAACCAAGUUUGUGGGUGUCAGCCUUCUUUUGCCCUUUCUCUGCCCUGUUACUGGCACACGGUCUCCUUGUGGUUUGAUGCCGUUGCCCUGAGUUCUUACAAGUGGUCCCCUUCGUCAUGACUCUUUAAAAUUAACAUGUCCUUACCUAUUAUGCAUCAGCCUCAGAAGUCCACCUGAAGGCGCCGGGGUUGGUUUUAGCUCAAAGGAUUUCAUGGCAGGUGGCUAAAGCACAGUAAUCACGUGUCAUCACUGGAACAUAAGAAACUGGCUUAAGACAAAUCAGACCAUUGGUCUAUUUAUCUCAGUGCUGCCUAAACUGAUUGGCAGUGGUUGUCCAGGGUUCCAGACUGCAGUCCAGGGUGGAUAAAAAUCAAUGAUUUUUUUAAAAAAUCAAAAAACAGAUUUUUGUUAUUUAAAUCAGAUUUUUUGUUAUUUAAAUCGGAUUUUUAAAAUAAAAUGCUUUUGGAUGAAAAAUCUUUCUAAAGAUAGUUUUCUUUUUAAGUUACAUUAUAAUAAAUAAGGAAACAAGGAUUUGUUUGAAGUUUUUCAUAUGUGCUAGAACUCAAAGUUUUUUUCUAAUUGUUUAACCACAUCAGUGAACAAACAUGGAUACGUAUGCUAUAAUGUUACUGUUUUGGUUAACUAGAUUGUUUAAAUUGUUGUUAAGGAAAUGAUUAUUUUUCUCUUUCCAAUAAAGCACAGCAGAAAAGUUGUCCAAAUAUAAACGCUUAACUUAAUGAAACUCACAAUAAUUUCAUAAUUAUCUAUGUAUUUCUAAUAGUAUAACCAAAUUGGUAAUUUUUGAUAUAACUGUAAAAACUACUCUGAAAAUUUAUUAUUCCAAAAAUGAAACCUUCAUCUGGUAAAUAUUAAGAUUAUACCAGGAAGAAUGAGUCGUUCCGUAAAAACAUGAUUUAAAUCAAGUCUUACUGACUAGUGAUUUAAAUUGUGACUUAAAUCGAUUUGAUUUAAAUGAAAUCCACCCUUUCUGGAAAUGUCAGGCAUUGAACCUGGCACCUUCUGAGUUCAAGACAGAUGCUCCACCACCAAGCUAUAGCCCUGCCCUUAUUGAUUUCCUCCAUAUCUGUGUAGACCUUCAGGCAUUCUGAAGGAUUCCAGGUUCCCCCUUCCCACCUUUUGCUGGAGGAUAUAGAAAUGCAAUAGGCUGCAAACUAUAAAAGGGUCUCUUUUCUUUUCUUUCUUUUUAAGUGGCAAUUUCCAGAGGGAUAACUGUGCAGCUAAAGCAACCAAGAGUCUUGUGGUAACCUUGAAGAUUUAACACAUGUAUUGCGUUUCGAGACCCCGAGACCAUCCCCUUGUUGAUGAAUAAGACACAAAGACACAGAUAUUAGGUUAAUGUUAUUGGGCAAAUUUAGGCCACAACUUUAUUGGUUACAGAAUGUGAGCAGUUUUGGCUUAGGCAUUGGAAUUGACCCAACUAUAUCUGACUCCUGCCCGCCAUGCAGGGAGUCCUGUAAGGGUCAACCACCAAUAGGGGGAGCCCCAUCAAUGCAAACCAACUUGAGCUCCCCCUGGGUUCCUGACGAGGUCGUGGAUGUUAGUUUCUGUGUGUUGCCACUGUGGAGUGCUCUUGGAGUCACAGGACUCUGUUUACAUUCCUGGGAUUCCAGACUGUUGGAAGUCUCACGGAAGACAGGAGACGGAUGUGAUGUUACUGGUUUCCUGUUCCUUUGUUUUUCGGUUGCUCUCUGCUCUCACAGAGAGAGGGUGUAUUUCUUUUCUGUCUGCAUAGCUUAGUAAUAAAACCCUUUAGCAUGUAGCUCAAACUUCUCGUCCUUCCCUGUGCUGGAUACUCUGAGUAAUGGGGAAUGUGCCUGGAGCCUUAUCAGAGGCUCAGGUCGUUAAUCACGUCAGAGGCAAUUCCGGAAGAGUCACUCAGUCGAGCGCAACUCCGACAGUGUCAUGGCCCUAGCCCAACCCCGGACUUCAGACAAGAUCCACACCCCCGGAUUCCUUUAACGGAAGACCCUUAAGCUUGGAGGGGCAGGUGAUGGCCACACCUCGCCUCCCCCAUCAUAAGAUCAACCAAUGCCUAACCGCAAAACCUUACAAAGUUGUGACGAUUGCUAUGAGGUAGGCGAAAACCCAAUGGCCCAUGCCAAUUUGCCAAGUGGAAAAAUUCCUACCAGUCCCCUCAACGACGACCAACCGAGGUCCAUAGCGAGGCUAAAUUCGAAACCUGAAAAUAGGGAGGGAGGGCAGGAGAUCGAGGAAGUGAGCCAAGAGGAAGCGCUCCGGCUCACGUCUCAGUUUAAAUGGGGCCCGGCCACGCCCCCCAGCCAGCGGAUUGGCUGGCAGGCGAAUGACAUGACUGGGAACCUCCGGGGGACGCGAGACUUCAUCCCCUGCCCCCGGAGGGGAGUGGGUGGCCACGUGGUCCACUGCAACUCCUCCCCACUGGGAAGUAGAGCGGAUUUGUGGUGUAAGUGAGGUUUCAUUUUCGUCUCAAUGCCGCUUUGAACCUUGUUUCUGCUGUGCAAUGUAGGAAUAGUCUGCAAUGUAGGAUUAGUCAUCCUGGUCUCCCUUUCCAAGGCUGUUGUAGGGAUUACAAGAUAAUGUACAGAAAAUGCAAAGUGUCCUUAUAUCCCUCUAACUUUCUGAAGCUAUUGUUUCCAUUGCAAACAAGGUAGUAGCAUUUUGAACAUGCGGUAUUAAAUUACUAUCAGAGUAACUUGCGGAUAUAAGUCUAUAGUUAGAAGAGCUGAGUUUCCAAUUGACCAUUUAGUACCGGGGAAUGGGGUUGGCUGGGAACAGCAAUGGGAUAUGAUAUGGAAAUUAUUGUCUCUUUGUGAAUAGCUAUUAAUGUUGUGUGAAUCUGCAUUGAGGCAUUUAAAAGCAAUACGUUUUCAGCUUGAAUGACCAUAGCACAAACACCCCAGAGCUUUUAGAAAGUGAAUCAUACAGCCCACUGAAAAUUACUGAUUCAACACAUUGUUUGGGUUUGUAGUGAAACCUUUUAGGUGCUCACAUUAAUGCCUUGGUUGGUUUUUGUGGGGCAGCAGCGAAGAUGGCAAAGUAGCAAGAGUUAAGUUGUGGGGCCUUCCGUUAAACCAUUUUCCGUCGAUGUAAGAACAUGCAGGCUUCUGCACUGAAGAAAAACGUAAUAACUAAAAGAUAUGCAGCUUUCUGGCAGCAGACUGAGUUCUGUUUUUAUUUAGGAUGCGCUCACAUUACCGCCUUCGAGAGCAAUGUAGUUGUUUUAUUCAUGGGGAAUUUCACAGCUCUUUCAUUCCGGCUGCUCACAUCAGCGCAGCUUCAUUCGGGUUAGAUUUGUUUCUGCUCGUACACACACUAAGGGGGCAUUGGUGGGGCAGGGAUGUCUUUAAGUCCGUUUCGGAGGCCUAAUCUGGUCCGCCGGUCGGUUUAAUCUGGCCCCUGUGGCAGUUUAUUUCCUGGGGUAAAAUCCUAAAAAAAACCCUCAACAACUUCAAUCCUAAAAAAAGGUUAACAACUUCACGGCUCUUCGCUUCAUCAAAUCUGGCCCUCUUUGAAAAAAGUUUGGACACUAUAAAGGACUAAGUAAAAAUGAGUUGAUGAAAUUGAUGAAACAGAGGAGGUUUAAUUACAUUAUUUAAAUUUUAAAAUACGUAAAUGAAAAUAAGGUUAGAAGGAUUUGCUGGAAAUAUGAUCUGAACUAGAAUACAAAAUUGGGAGGUGAGAGGAGGUCAUGGAAAUAAGUUAAAGGGAAAAGGUUAUGUAAAGGUUUAAUUUGUUUUUGUUCUAUUUUAACUCAACGCAUUUUUAUAUUUUUUGUUUUGUCUUCGUUUUUACUAUUUUUUAUUGUUCAUUCUUUUCUUGUUACUUUUUACUUUGCUAUGGUUAAAUUUUCUUUGUAUUUUGUAUGGUUUUUCUUUCUCUUUUUUGUAACUUUAAAUUUGGAAUAAAUAUCAUUUAAAAAAAAAAAAGUUUGGACACCACUGCUGGCCUAGGCAAAGGUGUUUGCACCUUGGCUAGAGAUGAAUUAGGAACGGCUCGCUGUGGAAGCUGCUUUGAGAAACGUGUCAAACUGUAGCAUACAGUCAUACCUUGGAUCCCGAACGCCCUGUGAGUCGAACGUUUCGGUUCCCGAAUGCUGCAAACCCGGAAGUGAGUGUUCUGAUUUGCGAACGUUUUUUGGAACCCGAACAUCCGAUGUGGCUUCCGAUUGGCUGCAAGAGCUUCCUGCAGCCUGGCAGAAGCUGCACCUUGGUUUCUGAACAUUUUGGAAGUCGAACGGACUUCCGGAACGGAUUCCAUUCGACGUCCGAGGUAUGACUGUAUAGUAUAACCCCAAGACUUGACCACUGUGAUAUUGAAAGACUGAAAGACUCCAGCUGGUACAAAAUGCUGUGGGUAGGCUGUGACUACCGCCAGUAUAUACCGCAUUUUUCACUCUAUAGGAUGCACCCGACCAUAGGACGCACCUUGUUUUAGAGGGGGAGAACAAGAAAAAAAAUUCUCCCCCUCUCUGCGCAGUGGCCCUUCAGAGCUUGUCGGGGCUGGCAAGGGAAGCCCAGGUCGCCCCAGCCCCAGGGACCACACAUUCGCUCCAUAAGACACACAGACAUUUCCCCUUAGAUUUUAGGAGGGAAAAAGUGUGUCUUAUGGAGCGAAAAAUACGGUAAGUUUCUUCAAAACUUUUCAAAAGCUACAAUGGUACCUCAGGUUACAUACGCUUCAGGUUACAUACACUUCAGGUUACAGACUCCGCUAACCCAGAAAUAGUGCUUCAGGUUAAGAACUUUGCUUCAGGAUGAGAACAGAAAUCGUGCUCUGGUGGCAUGGCGGCAGCAGGAGGCCCCAUUAGCUAAAGUGGUGCUUCAGCUUAAGAACAGUUUCAGGUUAAGAACGGAUCUCCGGAACGAAUUAAGUACUUAACCCGAGGUACCACUGUAGAGGAAUUCGAAGCUCCAAGUAGAAAAUUAUUGCCUCUAGCUUUUUGUUUCUUUGUUGAGUGUUGGAAGGGCCUGUAGAGAAUAUUGAGUGUGGCAUCCUUCAGGUAGCCCAUCAAAAUGUGUGACUCUGGCAUGGUCGCCGGAACAAAUUGACUGACCAUUUUCAGUUCCUGGGGACAAAGUGUUACAAGCAAAUAAAUAACAUUCCGGGCACAGAGCAGCUUCAGAAUAGGAGCAGCUGGCGCAAACAUUCCCAAAGGUAAAGAUGAAGUGAACAUUUUGUUUUCCUGUGCGCCAGGACAAGCAAUUGAAUUUGAGAGGGCAAAGGUUUGAAAACAAUUAAUUGCCUAAGUGGACAUGGUCCAGUUGUUAUGCACAAUUAAUACCGGCACAUUGUUGGGCUUGGCUCUGAACUGUAGCUACAUUUUAGAUCUGGCGUAGAGACAUUAAGAGGGAAGUGCGCUUAUUUCAGGAGCAACAACAUGCUUUUUAAAAAUCCUGCUUAAUUAUCCAAGGGCUAUCUUCUGUACUACCUUCAGUAUUUUUAUCCAGCUCCUUAUUGCAUCUCCAUUAUUAAUCACCCUUCUAUAUCUAUGGCACUAUUGAGGAAUAUGACCACUAUUUGUGAACUGCCCUGUGAUUUUUGGAUGGAGGGUGAUGGAAUAAUAAUAAUAAUAAUAAAUUUAUAUGCUGCCCUAUACCCAGAGGUCUCAUUGUGGUUCACAGCAAAGAUCACAAUAUAUAAAAUAAAAACAAUAACGCAAUAACCCCCCCCCAAAAGAGCCACAUUUUAAAAGGGUAUAGCACAGGCUUCCUCAACCUCGGCCCUCCAGAUGUUUUUGGCCUACAACUCCCAUGAUCCCAAGGUAGCAGGACCAGUGUUCAGGGAUGAUGGGAUUUGUAGUCUCAAAACAUCUGGAGGGCCGAGGUUGAGGAAGCCUGGUAUAGCAUGUCAAUCAUGUCAACCAAAGUCUUGGUUAUAAAGGAACGGUUUUGCCUGGCACCUAAGAUGUAUAAUAAAGGCGCCAAGCAAACUUCCCUGGGGAGAGCAUUCCACAGACAGGGAGCCACUGCAAAAAGGCCCCGUUCUCGUGUUGCUACCCUCCGGACCUCACAUGGAGGAGGCACACGAAGGAGGGCCUCAGAAGAUGAUCUCAGGGUCUGGCUUGGUUCAUAUGGAAAGAGGCGGUGCUUGAGGUCUUGCAGUCCUGAGCCGUUUAAGGCUUUAUAAGUCAGAACCAGCACUUUGCAUUGGGCCUGGAAACUAAUUGGUAGCCAAUGCAGUCGGACCAGGAUUAGUGUAAUAUGCUCAAACCAUCUUGCUCCGGUGAGCAACCUGGCCGCUGAAUUUUGCACUUGCUGAAGUUUCCGAACUGUCUUCAGAGGCAGCCCUACGUAUAACGUAUAAUAAUAAUAAUAAUAAUAAUAAUAAUAAUAAUAAUAGUUAUACAUUUCACUGCAAGGAAAGCCUCAUAAUUUGCUCACAUUGUGAUUGCCCAUAUUUCCCAAUUUUCUAAAUUCACUGGGUUGCCCUUCACAUAAAUCCCUGUGGGUGCUAUCCAGUGCUAGUCGGAGAAGACCCCUUUAAAUAUAUGGUCAUGACUAACUUAGGACUGCCAUUUUCAUUUGGGUCUACUCUUGAGUGGAACCAAUUUGAAGACGACUCAGGCUAUUUAUUACAGAUAGAUUUGAAGAGCUAAAGAGAGUUGGCAGCCCAUUAGGUGAUUUGGAUAAGAUUUCCCCUUUUUAUUAGCACAUUUCACAAAAAGCUUCAAUGUGAUAACCAAAAGCAUGUGGCUGUCCAAAGGCUAUAUCUCAGCUGAAGCAGCUCCCCAGGUCGGGUGAAGCCACUGUGCUGGUUUCAUAGCAGGUGGGACAUACUUGUGAGACAAGUGAGGAGAUCUGUGCUCUGCAAACACACUGGCAGAAGCACCAGAACGGCUCCGCUGGUUCGUUUGCACCACACAGACCUGCAUAUUCCCUCACCUUGGAUAGUGUGGUUCCUUGAUACCUUAUAAGGCAUGUUUCAGUAAUGGCGGGCAAGUUUCCUUGACUACCAUUCUGGCCCUGCAGAUUUGUGAUGGGAAAUUCUGGUGUACCUUCAUGAUAGUCACAGCCACACACUCCUUCUAAGAUUAUACAAAAAAAAAUUUAAUUAUACAUUGUAAUUAGGUAAUCAUUGCAGUGAUCAAUGUAUAUCUCCAUGUGUGUCGCCUUUCAGUUAGCUCUAUUCUGUGUGCGUACAUGAGUAAAUGAUUUGGGGUACUCCAAUAUUGUCUUUUGGAAUGACUUCAGUUGUGUUUUCCUUGAAGUGCUGUUGUACAUUACAAAAAAUUUGCACACCAUUCUCUUGAAACCUCAUUUCACACAGGUCCUACUAUCUGCAUGCUCACUAUCCAAAAAUUCACUUACCCACACGAAAAUAAUUAUGGCCAAACCUUGCUAUACACUCCGCAGAUUCACUUAUCCAAACAACCAGUUUCCUUACUCCCUUGUUCGUUUGUGCUUUGCUGGUUGGCAACAGCCAUUUUUGGGUAGAAGCCAUGGAGAGACAGUGGGGAGUGACACUGGACCAAUCAGAGAGCAGGAGCAUUUGGACAAAUCAGUUUUCUACGCUUUCUGGUUGGCUGCAGCCAUUUCAGGAAGAAAACACGGAGGGGGUAGAAGGAAAGCAAACAAAUCCCGCAUUAGAAAUAUUUCCAUAGGAAAUAAUGGAAAUCGUGGACUCGUUAUAUGAACACUUGCCUAAUGAAAGGUUUCCACGGAAUGCAUUGUGUUUGGUAAACCGGACCUGUGUGUGCUUGUGUUUUCAUUGUUCCUAAAUGGUUAGCUCUGGAGCAUACAGAAAAACUGUGUGCUUUCUCCAGAGUAACCCUAAGAGCCAAUCCUGAGUGCCUGGUACUUUUUAGGAUGCUGGAGGCAGGAACCAUGCUGGGACCAGGCUGCAGAAAUAGUAAUGGAUCUUGGACCCCCUGCAACCCAGGACCACUACACUUCUGUUGACAUCUGUGUUUUAGGACACACUUUCAAGUUGCACAGUGCAACAGUGAGGGCCAGUUACCUGCCGUAUACUUUCCACGCACUGUAGAGCAACGGUCUUCCAACUUGGUGGGUUGGAAGCCUCUGUUGGGUCACAGUUUGGUCUGAGGUGGGUCACAACUGCAGCACUAUUAACAUGCAAGUAUACGAUGAUAAAUUAAGAAGUGGCUCCCCAGAUAGGUACUUGGUUCUUGGGUUUGAAAAGGAAGAAGACUACCGCUAUAAAGCUUCCUAAAACUUGCCCCAGAAUUGUAUACAACGCAUGGGGGGCGGAGGGCUUAAAGCAGACCAGUCAAGGUGGGAAAGAUUCCCUCCAACAUUGAAAGUUUGAAAAACAGGACUUUCAAGCCCAUAGUUUCAAUAUCCAGGAUUAGAGGAUCUCUCGUUUCCAAAUAAUGGGACGCGGGUGGCGCUGUAGGUUAAACCACAGAGCCUAGGACUUGCCGAUCAGAAGGUUGGUGGUUCGAAUCCCUGCAACAGGGUAAGCUCCCAUUGCUUGGUCCCUGCUCCUGCCCACCUAGCAGUUCGAAAGCACGUCAAAGUACAAGUAGAUAAAUAGGUACCAUUACAGCGGGAAGGUAAACGGUGUUUCUGUGUGCUGCUGUGGUUUGCCAGAAGUGGCUUAGUCAUGCUGGCCACAUGAUCCGAAAGCUGUACGCCGGCUCCCUCGGCCUAUAAAGCAAGAUGAGCGUCGCAACCCCAGAGUUGGUCACGACUGGACAUAAUAGUCAGGGUCCCUUACAUUUCCAAAUAGUGUUGAGAUUUGACUUGCUUCCAGAUCUUCUCAUCGCCUGAUACACAUUUGCUGUCUUGCUCCCCCCCCCCCCCCCCGUGGCAAGAGCAGCAAGGAAAUAGCUAGGAACAGUUUAAUGGUGCAAUCCCGUGCAUGUCUACUUGGACUAAGUUCAGUGGGAUUUCCUCUCAGGUAAGGUUGCAUGGGAUUGUAAUCUAAGUAUUCCCUUGGCCUAGUAUGAAGACUCAGUGCAUCAUGGAAUAUAUUGCCAGUUAGGGAUUGGAAUGGGUUCUUUGAUUGCUUACGGCAGGCAUGGCCAAACUUGGCCCUCCAGCUGUUUUGGGACUACAACUCCCAUCAUCCCUAGCUAACAGGACCAGUGGUCAGGGAUGGUGGGAAUUGUAGUCCCAAAACAGCUGGAGGGCCAAAUUUGACCAUGCCGGGCUUAUGGGGUUCUUGCUCCAGUUCUUUCAGUCUGUUGCGUCUUUCUGUGGACUGCUGUGACUGUGGUUUCUGAAUGUGGAAGCUGCUCGCUUGUGUCUGGGUUCACGGGGCUUGCAAAAGGAAUGAUUCAUCAUCGGAUCAUGAGACGGUUUCAUUUUGCAGCAGCCCUGGCAUCUGAAUGAAAGGAGGAGGGGUUGUUAACCUCCACCUCUGGUUACUCAUCUGGAAUUACAGCAUCUCUCAAAUGCCCUUUAAGAAGCUUAAGGAUAGAUCCUUUUCAAAGGGCAGCUUAUAUAAUAUUGAGUUGUAUAUUUCAAAAGUGAUAACAGUAUCUGACUUCCAGCAAAGAUUGCACUUUUCUUCUUCUUCUAUAGAUCCUCUUCUCUUCCCCAAAUAUUCCAGUUGGGUUUUUUUGUUUUUAGUACAGCAGAAAAGCCAGGUGGAAGUGUACAGAUUAAUCCAUAGCCCACUCUUUGGCUCUCUCAUGACAUUCACUCAAAAUGGCUUGAUUACACCCAAGUAAGCUCAUGAAUACUGUAUUUUUCUGUCUCUUAGCAGUUCCCCACUGCAGCCCUCCACCACUCUCCUGCUAAAGAAGUAAUGGAGGAGACAGUAAGUUAUAUGACUGAUGAGUCAUUUUCGGUCGUUUGUUUAACCCCCAAUAUGUAAUCUCUCCUGCUUAACUUGUACUUUUCAAUGUGUUAAGUUUAGUACAUCUGCUUGAAUGGGGCACCUUGACCAACCCUUGGGUGGGAGGGUCACGUGUUGGCAGUGGACAUCCCAUAGUCUCACACGUACACACACACACAAACACAGGAAAACAGCCUGCCCCUCCUCAUCUGAACUGUAUUUCAAAAUUGUAGACUAAACCUCCAAGCUGGGGGUUAGCUACCCCAGAAUUAAAAUAUAGUAUUAAGGAUUUCCUCAAUACUGGUAGUAUAUCUGAACCUCAGAUAUUUCUAUUCACUUUCAUGGAGACUGUUCCUAUGCAUAUUUACUCAGCAAUCAUUCAUGACUGUCUCAGUGGGGCCGGCCUACUCCCAAGUAAGUGUUUGAUAUAGAACGGCACCUUCAGUGGACUGAUCUUUUAGAAGAGAAUUGAUGAGAAAAGCUCAAGAUCUUUCCAAAACAAUUUCAGUGUGGCUCUGGUUACCUUUCUGGUUGCCACACUACUGCUCUUGAAUCCCAGAGAUCUGCAGUUAGACAUUGGGUUAGUGUCUGACUUAAUCACACUCAGAAUAGAUGCAUUGAAUUCAGCGGACUUAGGUCAGAAUACAACCCAAUGUGUUACUGCUUAUACACAUCCAAGGCAGCCCCAGCAACAACAACAUCAUCAUCAUCAUCAUAAUAGUAGUGGUAGUAGUAGUAGUAGUAGUAGUAAUAAUAAUAAUAAUAAUAAUAAUUUACUACUUAUACCCUGCCCAUCUGACCGGGCCUCCCCAGCCACUCUGGGCAGCUACCAAUAGAAUACAGUUGUACCUUUGUUCUCGAAUGGUAUCUGUUCCAGAAGUCUGUUUGACUUCCAAAAACGUUCAAAAACCAAGGCACGGCUUCCAAUUGGCUGCAGGAGCUUCCUGCACUCAAUUGGAAGCCCCGUCAGAUGUUUGGCUUCCCAAAAAGGUUCGCAAACUGGAACACUCACUUCCAGGUUUGCGGCGUUCAGGAGCCAAAACAUUCGACUCACAAGGCAUUCGAAAAACAAACAUCAAACAUUUAAAAACUUCCCUAAACAGGGCUGCCUUCAGAUGUCUUCUAAGAGUCAGAUAGUUGUUUAUUUCCUUGACAUCUGAUGGGAAAGCGUUCCACAGGGUGGGUGCCACUACCGAGAAGGCCCUCUGCUUGCUUCCCUGUAACUCCACUUCUCGCAGUGAGGGAACUGCCAGAAGGCCCUCGGAACUGGACCUCAGUGAAUAUCACUAAAACAUGUUAAGAUGUCAUGCAGCCUUCUCCAUCAAGCCUAUUCAAAAGAAAAUUGGCUAAGUAAGAUGAAGAUUUUGAUUUGUGGCGCAAAAUAUCCACAGAUUUUGAAAUAAUGAUUUCCAGAUCUGUGAAAGGACUGUGAUGUAAUCAAACAAGUUAGAGAUGGGGCUCCGCUAUACCCAAAUGAUAGCUGUAGCUUUGAUGUGUGCUAAAAUUAGACUUUGGGUCUCUACAACUGCUGAUUUUCGUUAAAGAGCAGGAAGCGAGCCCUAUCCAAGUCUCCUUUCCCCAUAAAGAAAAGGUCAGGGAGAAUCUCAGAUAAUUUGAAUGUACAAUUGGGUUUUUUAAUUCCUGUGUUCCUUCGUCUCUCUCUUUUUUCUUGAAUGCCGCCGUGACAUUGAGAAAACGAGAUCAAAAGAGUUUUCAGACUUUUAUGUUUGACAUAUUCCAUAAGGUCAGUUACUUGGACAAGAAAGCCACAUUGGUUUAUAGACAAAGCUGGUACAACCACUUUGCAGAAGUAGCACACAUACAGUUUUAUGCUCUUUAUGUAAGCCAGGAUGUAAAGAACCACACAGAUAUUGCUGCACACCUGUUUAGGAACUUGAACACUUCCAGAAUUUUAAAGGACCAGGUUGGCUUUCGAAGUUUUGGUCCCUUUCAUCAGCAAAGGGCUGGCGGGUGGAGGGGACAGAAUGUGGCCAGCCUACAAAGCCAGAUUCUCAAUGCGUCUAGGAGAUUGACUUAUUUCGUUCCAUUUAUGAAUUGCUGCCUGGUAAAACACGUGGAAGCGAUUUAGCAAUAAAGCAUUGAAAACGAUUUCAUAUACACCAACGCAAUAAUUUCAAAUCAGGUACGGGGUGGGAUAAAGAUGUGCGUAAUCUGUUCUUUCAACAGAGGGCACUUGGAAGCCUAGUUAAGACUGAAGGGGUGGCAAAGAGCAUAUAGUGCCUUUGUCCACGUUCCUCAGACAAUAGCUGUCAACUUACAGAUUUGAAAAUAAUAAUAAUAAUAAUAAUAAUAAUAAUAGGGACCAACAGCCUCGAAAAUAAGGGAUCAGCAGCCAAAAUAAGGGAUUUUCCGGGCACAGGUAUGUUCAACUUCUGAACCCCUCUGAACCAAAGGCAGAAAGCCCAGCCAGCAGCCAAACGAAGCCUCAAGCGGUGGUUCCCACAAGGCAGCAACCCGGCAAAGGGGAUGCAGCAAGGAAAACCACCAUCACCUCUCCGCUGGGAAGCGCUGAGCAAAGGCGAGUCCCCAGGCAAUGCGGCCGAUUUGAUCAGCACAAGGCAUGCAAGCUCCACCCCCCAGUCGUUCUUAGACUCCUUAUUAGGUGAGCAACGCAGCCAAGCAACACAGGUGGAGCCUCCCUACUCCCUGGCCGGCAGGGAGGGAGGGAGAGGAGCUGCUUCCUUUGAAACCCGGGAAAUUUAAGGGACAUCAUCAAUAAGGGACAGCAGUGGGACACGGAGCUGGGAUAAGGGAGUUUCCCGCCAAAUAAGGGACGGUUGACAGCUAUGCCUCAGACCCCACCCGAGGGUCUCGCGUUGUUUUCAGGGCUUUGGCAACUGCCCCACCUCGAGGCCCUCCAAAGACAAUUACGUUGAAACAGUAACAACAGGGUAGGCUCUUUUAAUAUUUGAAUGAGUUUCAUUUGCCCCCAACUAAACUGAAAAAGUCUGAACCCGUAAACCCGGUCAUUUUUUUCAGAGGAACUCUCGCCCGUGAGCUGUGUUCUGAAUCAUGGCAUAGAGUGAGGUCUGUUUUUAACUGUGCAUGUUGUGGGAGAAUGUUUUCUCAAGAAAGCGGUGUUUGCCACUCAGGAUACUUCUCUUAACAAGAGGUACUAUAAUUAUAUUUUUAUUAAAUGGGGGAAUACUUAGAAUGAAUAUCACCACCACUUCCUAGUUGAGAUUUCAUCCCUAACUGUUUUUAUUAUGUAUUUUGUGUAUGUGUGUGUAUAUAUAUAAAUUUUAUGUUGUAAGCCACCCUGAGAUCGCCGGACGAAGAGUGGUAUACAAAUCUAAUUAAUAAUAAUAAUAAUAAUAAUAACACAGUGGUACCUUGGUUCCUGAACGGCCUAGUUGUCGAACAAAUCGUCUCCCGAAUGCUGCAAACCCGGAAGUGUUCCGGUUUGCGAACGUUUUUCGGAAGCCAAAUGUCUGAUAGGGCUUCCAACUGAGGGCAGGAAGCUCCUGCAGCCAAUCGGAAACCGUGCCUUGGUUUUCGAACGGUUUCGAAAAUUGAACGAACUCCCAGAAUGGAUUAAGUUUGAGAGCCAAGGUACCACUGUACAUGAAAAAACAUAAAGGUGGCGCACAGUUGUAGUAAAUAAAACAAUUGCGCACCCCCCUAUAUGUUUUUUCGUCUAUAAUAUUGUUAUUUUACGUUAUUUUAAUUUAAGUUAAUUAAUUAAUUUAAUUUAUAUACCACCCUUCGUCCGUAGAUCUCGGGGCAGUUCACAACAUAAAAUUACAAUAUAAGAAACACAAAUUAUGUAACAAAAACAAACCAAUAAUCACCCCUUCCAGAACACAUUUAAAAGGACAUUGGGUGUCAGUCAUAGCUGUCAACUUUUUCCUUUUUUUGUGAGGAAUCCUAUUCGGAAUAAGCGAAUUUCCCUUAAAAAAGGGAAAACGUUGACAGCUAUGGUGUCAGCUACCCAAAGGAACUUUUUUGCCUGGCACCAAAAGGUGUAUAAUGUAAGCACUUGUGGCGCGAGCAACCAAAUCACCUGAUUACUUGAAUCAGCGUUGGCCUAUCUUGGAAACCAUUGAUAUUCAGUCCUAGGCAGCAUUGGGAUCAGACCUCAGUGGUGAUUGAGCCCAGACAAAUGUCUGGGAGAAGCUGGUCAGCAGAGAUGCAUCAGUACCAUAGGAUAGCAGCUCAGAGGUUUAAACCAGAGGUGAUCACCGUUCAGGUCCAAAUCAGUAGCUAUGAGAUGCAUCCAGAAUGUUGGAAGAUUGAGCUGGAUCUGUGGCAGCCUUGAGUUUUAACAGUUCGCCUGGUAUUCUUAGACAACAAGGAAAUCCAUGCCUAUGAGGAAGCAGGCUAUUGUUUUCCUUGCUGGCGACAGAGAAAAGGAAGCCCACCCCUUAGCUCACCCUUCUCCACCAACCCUCUCAGUAGAAGACAAUUUUUCAAUUAGCUUUCUAAGUAGAACACGUUUCUGUGCUGGCUGUUGGGGGAGAGGGUUCCCUCCACGACUGGCAUGGAAACACAGGAUAUGAGCCUCUGGGCAGAUUCCACAAGCGUAUUGGGCUAGGCCAAGGAUGAGAAAGCCGUGGCCCCACAGCUGCUUUUGGAAUCCAGCUCCCACCAAUGGUCAAUGGUGAGGGACAGGAGUUGUAGUCUAGCAAAAACUGGAGGAGCAGAGGUUCUUCGGUUCUGGAUUAGGCAAAGCUAGAAGGGAUAUCGGGAUGCAGGUGGAGCUGUGGUCUAAACCACAGAGCCUACGGCUUGCCGAUCGGAAGGUCAGCAGUUCGAAUCCCCGUGACGGGGUGAGCUCCCGUUGUUCGGUCCCAGCUCCUGCCCACCUAGCAGUUUGAAAGCACGUCAAGUGCAAGUAGAUAAGUAGGUACUGCUCUGGCGGGAAGGUAAACGGCCUUUCCGCGCGCUGCUCUGGUUCGCCAGAAGCGGCUUAGUCAUGCUGGCCACAUGACCCGGAAGCUGUCUGUGGACAAAUGCCCGCUCCCUCAGCCUAUAGAGCGAGAUGAGCAUGCAACCCCAGAGUCGUCCGCGACUGGACCUAAUGGUCAGGGGUACCUUUACCUUUACCUAGAAGGGAUAUCGGGCAAUGGAAGGCAGCAGUGUUCACCCAGACAGCUCUCAGGAACCAAUCAUCUGCUUUGGCCCCUGCCAUCUUCUCAGAAAGCACAGCCUUCAGAAGCCACGACUCUUGCCUAUGAGUGGCUUAGCAAGGAGUGGUUGCCAAACAUGGCGGCAGAGUCCUCGAUUCACCAGUUCAUGGUGCAUUUCAUUUGAUGAUACUUAUUGAGUGGCAGCCAUUGUUUUUGUAACAAUUUGUGGAUUUCCAUUUUUAAAAAUCACCUGGCCCAAGUGAGGAAAGCUGAUACGUUUACUUGCUGGCAAACAAAAUAGAACGAGUUUCAUUUAAACUAUUUUAACCGAUUUAUCAUUUCUUUUCCAGAAAGAAGAGGUUCCGGGGACAUGGUUGUUCUUUUAAGCUGAUUCACAGCAACGAUGCAAUGCCUGCUUUUCACUCAAUUAAAGAAAUCAAGGAAUUCACACAUUGUGUUGUAUUUUUGUUCAGCUUAGAAGAGCGCUAG